AUGGCUGCUGGAAGACAUGGGGACCAUCGCGAAAAUGAGAUCAGGGGUCGAGAGUCCAGUUUUGAUUUUCCAAGGAGGGAUUUUGCUACGGCCAAAGAGGACAAUGAAAGGAUUAGGAACGGAAGUCCUGAUGUUGAAAUGGGUCAAGCUAGGGAUUUGAGAGAUAAAAUUAGGGUUAGGCAGAAGGAUAUUAAGGAGGGGAAUGCGGCUAAUGGUGGGGAUCGCUCCUCUUCGAGUAGGAAUUAUUCAAGCAAUAGCAGUAGUCGGGUUGUGAGCCAUGGGCCCAAGCCUUGUGGGUUUUCGGUUAGGGCAUUGGAUAGGGAACCUGGUGAAUUGUCGAGUGAGAGUGGGUCUGACGAUGCUAUUGAGUCGGCAGCGCAGGUCAAAGAAAAUACGGUUUCAAAAGUGGUGGAGAAUGGAACUCAGUCUCCAAAAGAGAAGAAAAGGAAGUUUUCGCCAAUUGUCUGGGAUAGAGAUGACAAAGGAGUGAGUAAUCCAUCAAAAAAUAAGAUCACCAUGGCGGGUGCAGCAAUUCCUCUACCUCCAUCAUUGUCUAGGGUACAUCAUCAGUCUCCUAAUGUUAUUUCAGAUAGCAGUGUACAAGUAUCUUCAGCUAUAAUUGAUCAAGUCGAGAAUUUACAAUCUUCCUCACCAGUUAAGGCGCCAGUGGCGUCUGGGUAUGUUAGUAAUGGUGUCUCUGAGUCUCCACUAGGGAUAUCUUCACCAAAUCAGCAAUCGGGUAAUGAUCAUGAAGCAGAGCAGCUAGAAGAUGAAGAAUAUGUUCCCACCCGAAAUAUAUCAUCUUCAAGAUGGGCAGCAGGAAAUAUAUCACCUGAUGAAGGUGAAAGUUUAGAGAACCAGGAAAUGCCUAAAAGGAGGAAGAAAACUCCUCUGGUAGGGUCAGUGGAAGAUAGAGUACAGAAUAAUUCAUUAAACUCAGAGUCGGGGGAGCUUAAGAGAGACGAGUCCGAACUAGCAAGAGCGCAGUCAUCUGAAUCUGAUGAAACAGAUGCCCGUAUAAGAUCUUCCAGUGGGGAUGAUUACCAGGAUAAUGAUUCAGAGAGGGAUGACUAUAUGGAUACUGACAAGGAUCAUGGUAAUAAUGGUUCUAGUGUUAGUCAGUCAGACACAGAUUCAGAUGAUGAUAAUAACUCUCGCGAGACAGCAGAACCUGCAGCUCCUCCACAAAGAAGCGUGAACAUGCUUCAGGGUUGUAGAAGUGUUGACGAGUUUGAGAGACUAAACAAGAUCGAUGAAGGCACUUAUGGUGUUGUAUAUAGAGCUAUGGAUAAGAAAACUAAAGAAAUUGUGGCCUUGAAGAAGGUAAAGAUGGAGAAGGAAAGAGAAGGUUUCCCAUUGACUUCUCUUAGGGAAAUAAACAUUCUUCUUUCGCUUCAUCACCCAUCAAUUGUUGAUGUGAAGGAAGUGGUGGUGGGGAGUAACCUUGAUAGUAUUUUUAUGGUGAUGGAGUACAUGGAACAUGAUCUUAAAGCACUCAUGGAGACAAAGAAGCAGCCAUUCAGUCAGAGUGAAGUUAAAUGCCUUAUGCUUCAGUUAUUGGCAGGUGUGAAAUAUCUUCAUGAUAAUUGGGUGCUUCAUCGAGAUUUGAAGACAUCUAACUUGCUUAUGAAUAACCGGGGUGAGUUGAAAAUAUGCGACUUUGGGAUGGCUCGUCAGUAUGGGAGUCCUUUAAAACCGUAUACUCAUUUGGUGGUUACACUUUGGUACAGGGCACCGGAACUUCUGUUGGGAGCGAAAGAAUAUUCAACAUCUAUCGAUAUGUGGUCACUUGGUUGUAUCAUGGCUGAACUAUUAUCAAAGGAGCCACUUUUCAAUGGGAAAACUGAAUUCGAUCAACUUGACAAGAUUUUUAGAAUCCUUGGCACACCAAAUGAGACAAUCUGGCCCGGAUAUUCCAAGCUUCCUGGAGUGAAGGUCAACUUUGUUAAGCACCCGUAUAAUCUUUUGCGCAAGAAGUUCCCAGCUACGCCAUUUACUGGAUCUCCAGUACUUUCUGAUGCUGGAUUUAAUUUGUUGAACAGGCUUCUAACUUAUGAUCCUGAAGAGAGAAUUACAGCUGGAGAUGCUCUGAAUCAUGAGUGGUUUCAUGAAGUUCCUCUUCCUACAACGAAGGAGUUCAUGCCUACCUUUCCUGCUCAUCAUGCUCAGGACAGGCGCACGCGGAGAGUUUUGAAAAGUCCAGAUCCUUUGGAAGAGCAACGUAGAAAGGAGUUGCAGCAAGGGCAAAUAGGAACUGGUGGAGUAUUUGGCUAGUAGAAAUUAAUCAGUGAUCAGUGGCCUAGGCUGAGGUGAGAGACAUGCUUCAAACGGAAGUUGCAAACAUUCUAUGUCAGACGAUCAUUUGUGCUGUUUUUUAGCAGGCACUUCAUGAUUUGGUUGGAGAAUGUAUCUGUGACAUUGCUUUCAUGUCGAGGUUAACUUUGCCUUUCAUCUUUGAUCAUCGUAUAGGAAUGCAUCUGUGACAUUACUUUGAUUGCCUUUUCUUUAGAAAAGAGAAUCAAUUGCUGCUGAAACUCGUGUAUGUAACAUAUUUUUGUUGGUACAUUGUAAACAGCUCUCUUUUGCUUUUCAAUAUUACCACUGCCGGUUAUAUUAGAACAUAUUUAAUAUUCACGUUGUGUUUGCAAGAGGCGGUUGGUGUGAAGUGGAGGGGCAUUCUUUGCUUUUUCUUGAUGAAGAGUUUGACAGUUACCGUAUUAUUUUAUAAGUAUCAAAGCAAGCAAAUUGAGGAGGUUUCCUGCACUUCCAGGAAUUUAUAGAACUUCAUUUAGUUGUUCCUAUGGGCAAACUAGAGGCACAGCUGGAGUCGAAUGGGUUGCUUGAAGAUGGAAUAUAGUUGUCUGCUUCCCAUAAACUUAACCAAAUAUCGUAUGAGGAGAAUCAGUAAGCCUAGGUGGAAUGUAGACAAAUACUUGCCAUAUGCUUUGCUGCAGGUGGUGACUGAUGAGGCUCGAGAGGCAGAUUAGGGCGGUAGAGUUAUCGCAUGCAAAUACAGGUCGGUUUCUCAACGCCAGUGUUGCCGGGAAAGAGUGGGAACGUAUCAAGUCGAGGAGAAAACUAACGUCUUUCCAAGCACAAAGGUAAUCAAAGACAGUUCGAUGAAAAAGAUCGUGUUGAGGAGGCCUCUGUCGACCGUCCAUCCGAAAAUUGUGAUCCCUCCGAUGUUGGUUUGCAAGUACAACACUGCAUUGGAGAAUAAAGACAUGGAUCAUGAUCCCACACUUCAACAACCAACACAAGUGAACUAAGAGAAUACAAAGAGAUGUACUUCGGAAGCAAUGGAAGCUGAUACAUACCAAAGGCUUGUCUCCUGUGAUACGAAGACAUGUACGAAGCCAGCUGUGUGUUUGUAGGCAUUUGAACAUAAUCCAUCGACUCCAAAUCACUGUCGGAGUAACUUAUAUGCAGCGAGUUUAAUGAGUUGGCGGCCUCUGAGUUCACUGAGCCGUUUGAGCUUCUGUUGUGAGAUGUAUCGUUAGAACUGCAUGUCAUUAACGCAUUCCAUCUACUGGCAACUGUCGCUAUGCCUUGCGCUCUAUGGGAAAUUCUGGUUGCAGUGUGCAGGGAAAGAAUAAUGCCGACAACUUGAACAAUCGUGGAGACCUGAAAAUUUGGGAGAAAAAAUAGAAGGAAUUAUGAUUUAUGAGCCUGUAAGAGCGGGAAGGCACACAAAUUUACGACACUGAUUUCUCCACUGUAUCCUGUGGUUUCAAAUAGAGUCACAAACUGGCUAGCUGUGACAACUAAGAACUGCAGUAGGAGGAAGAUCCGGAACCUGUGGCUUAUUUUACAGAGAUGGUAGCGCAGGCGGAUAUGCUCCUCCAUAAACACCAGCAUGUCAGAUUCCCUCUCCAAGAGCCUUCCGAAAUCGUCGAAGUGGAUAACUUGCAAAUUGCAGACCAAGUGAAACAAAAUGCUGGCUGUUAAAGUGAUCGUACUCGCAUAAGCCCAUGACAGAACCAAAGCUAACAGUACGCCGACCGACAUCCCCCACCCCCAUGAAUCCUGAUGGACAUAUAUCAUCCGAACAACCUCACGUAGAGUCUUCAGAAUAAAACAUGGGAGCGCCCACCGAACGAGCAAGCAGAAAGAAUCCUGUCAAGAUAUAUGUCCCAAGAAAAUUUGGUUACCACAUUUUAACUUCAUAUGUGGAAAAUUCUAGUAUACUAUAAACACCUACAUCUGUGGCCGUUGAAUUAUUGGCCGCACAUCUAAUGCUACAUUCAUUCAAUGGAUGCCAUA